AAUUUAUUCUUUAGAGUUUAAAUGAAUGGGAGCUGUGUGAUAAGUUAGAUUCAAGAUGUCUUCAUUAAGCUCUAAAACCUCAGGCAAGAGAAUGAGUGGUCAGAGAGCCUCAUCAUUUCAGCUGAAGUCUGGGGAUAAACUUAUUAAGGAUGCUAAACCAAAGCAAAAAUUCAAGACAAAAGGAGCAGCAUUGGUGGUGGGUGAGAAGGAUAAAAAUUACCGCAGUAAUGUUAAGAAAGAAAAGCCAAAAUAUUCCCAAGAUGCAACGCGCAAGUUUAACGAGAUGCUACACGGUGAUUUGAAAGAUUUACCUCCCUUGCCUAAAACUAUGGUCAAGAUUUUUCUCAGCUCAACAUUUUCAGAUAUGCGUGCAGAGAGGAACACAUUGGUACGUGAGGCGUAUCCCCACCUGCGUGAUUACUGCGCUUCGGUUGGCCUUGACUUUCAGGUUGUGGACAUGAGAUGGGGUGUUACGGAGGACAGCAUCAAUGAUCACUCUGUAGAGAAGCUGUGUUUACUUGAAGUAGCGAAUUGUCAAAAAACAUCAGUCGGGCCAAACUUUGUGGUUUUGUCUGGGGAUCGUUAUGGUUUCCGCCCUAUACCAGUAGAAUUAAAUGUUAAAACAUUUGAGAGGUUGAGGUAUGAGGCAGCCAAGCUGAACUUGGAGAAUAGACAACUUCUAGAGGAAUGGUAUAAACUAGAUGAGAAUGCUGUUCCAAAUAUGUACAUGCUUCAGCCAAUCAGAUCAAAGUAUACAUUUUUUGCUGAUUUUUCACCUGGAUGUGAGGAGCCCCGGAUAAAGGACACUGCUGAUUGGUGGAAUACAUUUGAAGCAUUACAGAACAUUCUCAGGAAAUCUGCCGACUCAGCAUACAACGACGGGAAAAUGACGGCUGAGGAAAAACAUCAGUAUUUCUUAUCAGUGACAGAAUGUGAGAUUCAAGAUGGUAUACUAAAAGCACUAGAUGUUGACAAACAUUGUCUGGUAUAUAAAAGAAGAUUCAAACUACUAAGUGAUGCAUCCCUACAACUCAAAGAUAUUCCAAGGUUUAUAGAUGUCAUUAAAACAGAUAAGGGCAGCGUCAUCAACAAGGAAGUUGCAAACCUUAGGGAAGACCUUUUUGAAAACAAAAUUAAACCUAAACUGCAAUCAUGCAACAUCAGAGAUUACUGUAUAAACUUUGUACCAUCUGGUGUUUCUCCUGGGGACAAUGAAGAACACUGUGAAUAUGUGAAUAAUUUCUGCUCUGAUUUUGUAGCCGACUGCAAGGCUCUGAUAACUAAAGCAGCUGACGAGAGCGACAAUAUGAUUCAGAUGUCCAACUAUUACUCAAACUACGAUGAGACAAUACACCAUCUGAAAUUCUGCCAGUCGAAAUGUGAAUCAUUCUGUGGGCAAGAAAAGGUUCUUGAAGCAGCUAAACAACACAUCUUAGAUCCAUCUGGCAGAAAACCUCUCAUUUUGCAUGCCGAGUCUGGAGUUGGUAAAACCUCUAUAAUGGCAAUGAUAAUGAAGAGUAUACCUGAAUGGUUGGACAAUAAAUCACAUGUAAAAGUUAUCAGAUUCCUAGGAACUACGCCUCAAUGCUUGAACAUCUAUGAUGUUCUUUUCGGAGUUCUUGGACAGCUGUCUGAUUGCUAUGAUCUGAUAAUGCCCCCAGUCAACUACAAAACCUGGAAGAAGCUUGUUGAGUUCACUCCAAGAUACCUAAGACAAGUAGCAACUGCUGCAAAAGAACCUGUAAUCGUUUUACUGGACUCAGUUGACCAACUGUCGCCUAGCAACAACGCAUAUUCAAUGGAAUGGUUGCCUACUCUUCUUCCAAAGAAUUUGAAGCUUAUUAUCUCCACGCUGCCAGAGGAACACAAGAUUCUUGCAAAUCUGAAAAAGAUACUUCCUGAUGAGGAAUGCUAUGUUGAAGUUCCAUUCCUCUCUGAAGAAACAGGCAAGCUAAUUGUUGAAACAUAUUUGAUGUACAAGAAGAGGACAUUAACACAGCAGCAAACCAAUCUCUUACUAGAUGUUUUCAAACAGUCACCAAGUCCAUUGUUUCUAAAGUUGCUUUUAGAUGAAGCAAGGCAAUGGAGCUCUUUCACACCAACAGGAGAUUUAAAGUUGGCACCAACAGUGAAAAUAGCAAUAAAAAAGCUGUUUUCAAAUCUUGAGAACAAGUUUGGCCAAGAACUUGUGAGUCAUGCACUUGGCUAUAUCACUGUUGGAUUAUCAGGACUGACAGAGUUUGAGAUAGAAGACGUUCUGUCAUGUGAUGAUGAAGUUUUGAAUGCAGUUUAUAAAUACCAUGACCCACCAGUUGAUGGCAUUGUUAGAAUACCGCCGGUCCUUUGGGCAAGAAUACGUUAUGACAUCCGUGAAUAUCUUGUUGAGAAAAUGUCACAGGGUAAAAGUACAUUGUAUUGGUACCACCGGCAAUUUAUUGAGACUGCCAAACAAAUGUACACAGAUAACGGAAAAGAGGCGGAACUGCACAAAAACCUUGUGUCAAUUUACCUCUAUGAGAAUGGUUUCAAGCGAACUAUCAAGUUAGUACAUCGGAAGAAUCUUGUUAUGGUGGAUGCCGACAGACAGAUAACACCACAACCAUUUAUAUGUUCUAACAAACGCAAGUUAGCUUGCUUACCUUAUCAUGCUUUGCGGGCGGGGAAGGUUUUGAACAAAGAAAUUGCAUUGAGAAGCAUCUUCUGCAAUUUCAAAUUUCUUUGUACCAAAAUUUCUGCUUAUUCCGUUUCCAGUUUGAAUUCGGACCUUACGGAGUUUGUUGAUGAAACAGAUGAUCCUGAGGUCAAGCUAUUGCUAGAUUUUCUGUCUGUAAGCAAGGAUGACUUGACAAUUCCUCUUCGAUUUGCAGUUUGCAUACUUGCAUAUAUUAAUCCCGAAAAUGGCCACAAGUAUUUGGAGGGACUAAGAGAAGAAGCAAGGGCCUAUAUAAAAUCAAAAACAAAGCCAAUACUUGUGCCAGAUUUUCCAUGUUUGGCACCAAGACAAGAUGCUUCAAGUGCCUUUCAGACAUCAUUGCAAGGGUUCUCGGACAUAUUGGCUCAAUCUUCUUCUAGCAUUUUACUUGCUAAACCCGAUGAGACAGACGAAAAUGAUGAUAAAAAGAAAGAAGAGAGUGUAAAGUUCAAAUACUCUGUAUUGAGUACAGACACUCAAGAGCUGACACAUGUUUCCAUUAAAGAGAAACGAUCAACGCAGUUUGUAUUGAAUGAUUCACGUAUUUUCUAUGGCUCGAAAUCUGCAGUUGUCAGUCAUAAUAUUGCUGAUAAUAAACAGGACAGCAUUCCGUUGACAGAGUUGAUUCCAAAUUGGAAGAAUACAGAAACAGUUCAGAAUUUGUUUACAAAUGCUGACAAGUCAAUUGCAUGUUUGACAUUUAAGACCUCUCUUGUUCUUGUCGAUCUUGAAAGUUUAAAGUAUGUACAGAAAUAUUGUGUGAAGGAAAAACCAGUUAUUAUAGAACAAGUGUUGAUAUUGAACAAUGGUGCACAGAUUAUUGCUAUGGGGAGUGUCCUUAAUUCUUCUCCCAGUGAUGAACCACAAGGGCCUACAAAUCAAUGUUUCAUAUCUGUCUUUGAGCAAGACAAGGAGGAAAGUGUAAAGUUCGUAGAGAUUGAGCAGAGUUUACUCUACGAUCAAGCAACUACGAUCUGCAAUGAUACUAAGUUGGUUGUUCCAGUUAAAACAGAGGAACUUAAUGAUGUACAGACACAGAAUGAUGAUAGUUUUCAGACACAAUGCAAAGGCCAGAUACUUGCUUUCAAUUUGGACAACGAAAUGGUUCCAAACGUUAUCAACAUACCACAUCCUGUCACCAAGCUUGUUGGACAUCCAGGUAAAUCGCAGUUGGUUGCUCUUACAUCUAAUGGUAAAGUAUUUACCAUUAACCUUUCAGAGAAAGCAAAUGAAUCGGACGUGCUAACACUUGUUCUCGACGUCCCUGUGAGUGAUGCCUUGGUAGAUUGGGAUCGAAAUACAGCGUUCUUGUGUUCAUGUGGAAAGUUCAUAGUUUAUAGACUAUCAACUGACACAACUAUUGGUGUUAUUGCUGCACAUGCGAUGAGAAUUUUGAAGAUACUGCCUUUAGACCAGCAAUUUAUUACACUUAGUGUCAACAGAGAAAUAAAAGUCUGGUCUAUACAGACUAUUGAAAAGCAUCUCUCACAGAAAGAAUUGUGUUUACAAUUGGACAUAGCAGAAACAUUAUUGGAACAGAUGAACGUCACGGCUUUACAUCCCACAAGCGAUGGAAGCAAAUUGAUCACGUGCCACGACAAUGGAAAUGUCAAACUUUGGGCAAUUGAUACACGGAUGUUCUUGCAAAAAUAUAACAUAGACAUAUCAGCAAACUUGAUGCACGUUGUUAUUGACAAUAUUGUGGUUUUCCACGAUACAGAAAAGAGGAAGAUGAAAAUUUUGAAUAUUGAUUCUGGAAUGGAGGCAAUCUCUCUACCUGACUCAAUACAAAAUAUUAUUCAUUCAACUGUAAGCAAAGCAAAAGAUCAUCUCUAUAUUGUCAGUGAGCCAAAGAAAGGGAAGGAACAGAUAGAUAUUGUAAAUAUCAAAUUGAAAAAGGUUUCAAAAACAAUUCACUUACAAAGUGGGUUGAUACACGAAGAUAUCGAACUUUGUUUGUCAGCCAACGAACGGCAUGUUGUGUUGAAACACAAAAUACCAGAGAAAGAGUUUGAACGGAUAAAAGCUAUGUGGAAAACUGGGGGAUUUGGUGAGCAGAAUCACCGCUACAGAUUUACAGCUGUAGAUUUAUCACAAGGAAAUGGUGUCUUAAUUCCAUGUUUCCGUCAACAGUCGAAAAUACCCACACUUGGUGUUUAUGUACAGCCAUACAAAGGGAACGUCAUGUUGAUAUCUUCAAGAAGGUAA